GUUCGAUAAGAAGAACAAGAGCGUUUCUUCUGCCCUCGUGUUGCUCUCCUUCCGCCGCCGUCGCCGGAUCUGGAAACUCAGCGAAGCGCGCGAAUGGGCUUCGACGUUGGCUUCGUCCCCUUCAACCCCGACGGAUGGGGUCCGCCGGAGACGCCGGCGACGCUCCUUCAUCCCAAGCACGGCGGGGGUACACUACUGGCUAACGUCCCCUUCGCCCCCUUCUCCCGAUCUGAUAAGCUCGGCCGUGUCGCCGACUGGACUCGAAACCCUAAUUUCUCCCGGUCAGGCGGCGGCCGCGACGCCGUCUUCGACUUCGCUCUCGACGAGUCCUUCGCCGGCGCCGCCUCUGGCGCUGACGACUCCUCCUUCCGACUCGUAGACGGCAAGCCCCCUCCGCGCCCCAAGUUCGGCCCGCGAUGGAGAUUUAACCAGCGGCCGCAGCUUCCGCAACGGCGCGAUGAGGAGGUCGAGGCGCGGAAGCGCGAGGCGGAGAAGGAGCGCGCGCGCCGUGACCGCUUGUAUCACCUCAACCGCCGCUCCUCCGCGCCCUUCGGAGGCCCCGGAUACGGCAACUCCCGGCGCGACUCCCCCGCUCUCAAGUCCUCCGUCGACAUACAGCCCGAGUGGACCAUGCUUGACCAGAUCCCCUUCUCCACCUUCUCCAAGCUUUCCUUCUCCGUGCCCGAUCCGCCGGAAGACCUCCUUAUCUGCGGCGCGCUCGAGUCCUACGACCGCUCCUUCGAUCGCGUCAACCCCAAGAACGAGCGCCGCCUCGAGCACUUCAAGUCCCGCAACUUUUUCAAGGUCACCACCACCGACGACCCCGUCAUCCGCCGCCUCGCGGCCGACGACAAGGCCACCGUCUUCGCCACUGAUGCCAUUCUCUCCGCCCUAAUGUGCGCACCGAGGUCCGUAUACUCCUGGGACAUCAUCAUCCAGCGCGUCGGCAACAAGCUCUUCUUCGACAAACGCGACGGAUCUCAACUCGACCUCCUCUCUGUCAACGAGAGCUCGCAGGAGCUCCUCCCGGAGGCCAAGGAGGACAUCAACUCCAUCCAUUCCCUCGCCAUCGAGGCCACUUACAUCAACCAGAACUUCUCGCAGCAGGUCCUCGCGCGGGACGGCAACAAGGCUACCUUUGAUGAGCCCAACCCAUUUGCUUCCGAGGGUGAGGAUGUUGCCUCAGUUGCAUACCGAUAUCGCCGCUGGAAGAUCGAUGAGGGCACCUAUCUCAUCACCCGCUGUGAGCUGCACAGCACGACCGACGUCAAGGGGCAGCGAGGGUUCCUCACCCUCAACGCACUCAAUGAGUUCGAUCACAAAUACUCUGGAGUGGACUGGAGGCAGAAGCUCGAGACUCAGAGAGGAGCCGUUCUCGCCACCGAACUGAAGAACAACGCCAACAAGCUAGCCAAGUGGACCGCACAGGCCCUCCUUGCAGGUGCAGAUCUGAUGAAGCUGGGCUACGUCUCCAGAGUCCACCCAAGGGACCAUUUCAACCAUGUCAUUCUCAGCGUCACCGGCUACAAGCCCAAGGAUUUCGCCGCCCAGAUCAACCUCAACACCUCCAACAUGUGGGGGAUCGUGAAGUCGAUCGUCGAUCUCUGCAUGAAGCUCAACGAGGGCAAAUAUGUGCUGGUGAAGGAUCCAGUCAAGCCGCAGGUAAGAAUCUACGAGGUCCCGGCAGAUGCCUUCGAGAACGAAUACGUGGAGGAGCCACUUCCGGAGGAGGAGCAGGUGCAGCCGCUGAAAGAAGAUCCAGUCGCCAGUGCCAUGGAUGCCGCCGCGGAAGCUGAGGCGAGCGGUGCAGAUGGGGAGAAGCUUGCCACUGCCUCUGCCGCUUGAACUGUAACACUCUCUCUCUCUCUCUCUCUCUCUCUCUCUCUCUGGUCAUUCAUUCCUUUCAUUCU